AUGCUUCCAAGCCCGCAGGUCCCGGUGCAGGUGUGGGUGGACGGCCAGCUCUUCCAGGCCGACCGGGCCCUGCUGGUGGAGCACUGCGGCUUCUUCCGCGGCCUCUUCCGCUCGGGCAUGCGGGAGGCGCGCGCGGCCGAGGUGCGCCUGGGCGCGCUGAGCCCCGGCGGCUUCCGCACGGCGCUGCGGGUGCUGCGCGGCGAGCGGCCGGCGCUGGAGGCGGCGGACGACCUGCUGCAGGCCGUGGAGUGCGCCGCCUUCCUGCAGGCGCCCGCGCUGGCGCGCUUCCUGGAGCACAGCCUCACGUCCGACAACUGCGCGGCGCUGUGCGACGCGGCGGCCGCCUUCGGCCUGCGGGACGUGUUCCACAGCGCCGCGCUCUUCAUCCGCGACGGCGCGCGCGAGCUGGCGGCCGAGCUGGCGCUGCCGGAGGCGCGCGCCUAUGUGGCGGCGCUGCGGCCCAGCAGCUACGUGGCCGUGAGCACGCACACGCCGGCGCCGGGCUUCCUGGAGGACGCGUCGCGCACCGUGUGCUACCUGGACGAGGAGGAGAACGCGUGGCGCACGCUGGCCGCGCUGCCGCUGGAGGCCAGCACGCUGCUGGCGGGCGUGGCCACGCUGGGCAACAAGCUGUACAUCGUGGGCGGCGUGCGCGGCGCCAGCAAGGAGGUGGUGGAGCUGGGCUUCUGCUACGACCCCGACGACCGCGGCGGCACGUGGCGCGCGAUCCCCAGCCCGCACCAGCCGCGCUACGACACGGCGCUGGCCGGCUUCGACGGCCGCCUCUACGCCAUCGGCGGCGAGUUCCAGAGGACCGCCAUGAGCUCCGUGGAGCGCUACGACCCGGCCACGGGCUGCUGGAGCUUCGUGGCGGACCUGCCGCAGCCGGCCGCCGGCGUGCCCUGCGCCCAGGCGCGCGGGCGCCUCUUCGUGUGCCUGUGGCGGCCGGCGGACACCACGGCCGUGGUGGAGUACGCGGGGCGAGCCGACGCCUGGCUGCCGGUGGCCGACCUGCAGCGGCCGCAGAGCUACGGCCACUACAUGGUGGCCCACCGCGACAGCCUCUACGUGGUGCGCAACGGGCCGUCGGACGACUUCCUGCACUGCGCCAUCGACUGCCUCAACCUGGCCACGGGCCAGUGGACGGCGCUGCCCGGCCAGUUCGUCAACAGCAAGGGGGCGCUCUUCACGGCGGUGGUGCGCGGCGACACCGUCUACACCGUCAACCGCAUGUUCACGCUGCUCUACGCCAUCGAGGGCAGCACGUGGCGGCUGCUCAGGGAGAAGGCGGGCUUCCCGCGGCCCGGCUCCUUGCAGACCUUUCUCCUGAGGCUGCCUCGCGGUGCUCCGGGGCCUGUGGCCUUGACCACGCCCGAACUGUGA